UGUUUAUAGUUGGUUUGUCAUACGUGCCUGACAGUUCUAAUGUGAUUGAGGUUUGUUGGGUUCCUGUGUUUUUUCGCGAGAUUCGUGAAGAAUAUUUUGAAAAAAUGGGUGAAAAACGAAAAAAUAUGGAAGACGAAAUGUCACGGUUUGAGGCGGAGAUUUCCACAUCGAAUCACACGUCCAACACUCCGCUUUUUGUUCCAUCACAAGUUCGACCUGUAAUCGCCGCGAAUACUUACAGCCAAGUGCAACAAAAACUAAAUCAACAACCCAUUAGUGUGCCUCCACCGCCAAUGCCGCCACCUGCGUUUAUCCCAACUUUCGUUCCGUCCACGAAUGAAAUGCCCGAAAAAUCAUACUCUUCAGAACCCACACCAGUUGUUUUGAGCAGCGCCCCAAAACUGUACACUAGUCGACCAACUAUGGAAAUACCUCUGGUUCAACAGGCUCAUCACCAACAAAUCGAUAUAUCCGCCAUCCAAUUCGAUGUGACUCAGAAAUUGAAGAAACUGAAAGCUGAGAAGUCUGGUCCGAAUCCAAUUGCAGAGGAAGCAAUACGUGCGGCGAAAGCUUCAUCCGCCCUACAAUCGUUUCAGGUAACGGAGCGGCGAAAAAAGGAUAAGAAGACGGUACGCAUUGCGGGUGGACAGGUUUGGGAAGAUCAUUCUCUAGCUGAUUGGCCUGAUGAUGAUUUUAGGAUAUUCUGUGGUGACUUGGGAAAUGAUGUUAAUGAUGAGGUUCUGACCAGAACAUUCAACAAAUUUCCAUCAUUUCAACGAGCCAAGGUGAUCCGUGAUAAAAGAACAGGGAAGAGUAAAGGUUUCGGAUUUGUUAGUUUUGGUGAACCGCAAGAUUUUAUUCGCGCCAUGAAGGAAAUGGAUGGACGCUAUGUAGGGAGCCGACCGAUCAAAUUGCGUAAAAGUACUUGGAAGCAACGCAGCAUCGAGAUUGUCAAGAAAAAAGAGAAAGAAAAGCAAGCUUUAUUACAAAUGUUUAAUAAAACUGGCUAAAAACUAAAUGAACUUUAGUAAUAUCAACAUAUAAUCGGUCAAAAAUAUGGUAAAAUAAAAUGGAUGACGACAUUUUAAUUGGAA